AUGGAAAACGCGAGUGAUAUUCAUCCAAACACAUCCAGCUGUUGCGAAUAUCAAGAUUUGUAUGAUAUAAGUGAACAUCCCAUGCAUUCGAUUGCGUGGCUAGCCACUGUCCCUUCGACUCUUUCGAUAAUAAUCGCGGUCACUGUUGUGGGGAACGCGAUGGUGAUUGUAGCUUACUUUCGGGACAAACGCAUCAGGGAUAAUGUAGCGAACCUCUUCAUCUUAAACCUUGCAAUAACAGACUUUGUCGUCGGUGCUUUCAUCAUUUCCAUUGACACUGCCUGGAUCAUCAAUGACGUCUGGACCUAUGGAGAAGUGUUCUGCAAAAUCUGGCUAGACGUUGAUUUCGUAGUCACCAUGAUGUCUUUGCUCACCAUGGUACUCAUCAGCUGGGAUCGUUACUGUCUCCUGACGAUGGGGAUGCGGUACAAAACAUUCCAAACGAAAAAGCGUAUCUGCGUGAUCCUUGCCAUUUCUUGGACAAUUGUUAGCCUGAUAUACACAUUCCUUGCUUUCGCAUGGAGUCCCAUUACCGGUGAAUAUAACGUAGAUUAUUCACAAAACUGUGAAAUGGAGUUUACAUACAACGUGGCCGCAACGCUCGUCAUCAACAUUUUCGAAUUCUUCAUUCCGUUUACUAUCUUAAUUAUCCUUAACAUUUCUGUGUACAGUAACAUAAAACGUAGGUCUAGGGGUACCGUCGGCCAAAGCCCUUCAAUACAUACGUCGGCUAGGUCACCGAAGAAAAGCUUUGGACCUAGAUCUCCAAGGAGGGUAAACUACCAUCCUCCAGACGGUCUCUCUGGCCCACUAGCAGAUUCUCAUAGCCGCGGUGGUGAUGCUGUUGCAGCAAAUGUAACUAUCGAGUCUACUGACAACCGCGCAGAUGGAGAAAAUUCCUUCACAAGAAAACUGUCAAAUGAAAGAGACUCGACUCCAAAGGAAGAAGGUCGAACAUUCGCUAGGCAUCGAAAAGCAGCAUUCGUGUUAGCCAUCCUUAUCGGCUGUUUCCUUCUCUGUUGGUUACCCUACCAAGUAACAAGCGUAAUGUAUGCAGUCUGUGAUACCGAUUGCGUCUCCACUCGUUUGUGGGAGGUCACGAAUUUACUUCUUUGGGGUAACUCAACCAUUAAUCCCUUUAUCUAUGCUGCUACUAAUGUCCACUUUCGUCGGAACUUUAGGAAGUUUUUGUUGCUUGAUCGUUGGGCUUGUGACUUUAAACAUUGUAAAAUGAAAUGUCAAAAUGCAAAUCAGAUUCAGGUUGCCACCGGAAGCCUUAAUGACAGCACGGUAACCUAAUAUCUGCAAACGAUCGUCUUCGAUCUAGAGAGUUUCCUUGGAAACAUGUCGGAAGGCCCAGACAAGAAACUUUUGUCAAUACAAUCAGACUACUGCACAUCUAGCACCUAUGACUUUGUCAUGCCUGUAGCCGAUAUAAAAAUAAAAAUAAAUGCAUUGGCACCAAUGGCUCUUAUACCGUCUAUUAAGGCACAGGUUAACAAUGAUUUGACUUUAUAAAAAGCAGCUGAAAGAUCCCACUCAUCACCUGUGUCCGUAAUAUGUUAUAACAAUGAAGCCCAGACAAGAAAUCGUACCCGAGAAGUGCUUCAAAAGGGAGAAAUAUAAAUUGACCAGAAACACAAUAUUUAUUUCAUGAUGAUGACGAGAACAGCUUUUGUUUAGCGCCAUUUAUCUGGAAAAAACAACAACGACAUUCAGAGGCGCCAGCUCCCCAAUAUGUGACACGUUAUUCCAAAAGUUGCAGGAAGAGAAGGGUCUUUAUUUCAGAUUUGAAGGUCUCAAUGUCGUCACAUGUCAUCCUAUACAAUAACAUUCGUUGUAUAUUGAUAUCCUCAGGAGAUUAAAGGCUUGGUCCCAUUGCACUUACGGAUGCAGAGAGGAUGUAAAACAGAAAAUAAUAUUGCCAUCCGUUGGAAAACGUUAUGUAUCCGUUGUGUACCCGUUGCAUACGUGUUUCAUACGCUCUGUAUGCAUCGAGCAUCCGUCCACUGUGAUUUCAUUGUUCGCCCAUUUUGCAGGUUUUUCCAAUGAGCGCUUUUAGAAACGCACGUCGACAUAGUCAACUGGUACGAGAUGACGUCAUUUUUUGGCGUUCCAUAUGCCUCAGGUCCUCACACACGUCCACUAUCAGAAUGGAGAACCUCGCCACAUCCAUUUUGCAGUUCUCCUAAAUCAUAGUCGACGUGCACGUGAGUGACGUCAUUUCAACCGCUCAAGCCCAGCAUUAAGAUCAACCUUUCCCUUUUAAAACACAGUUUUCAGUGACUUUUUCACAAAAUUAAUGUAAGUUGUACGAUGCAUUAUGUUUAUCAUAUUUGAAAUUGCUUUCUGAUCUUCAAAAUACAUAUCGAUAUGUAUCCUAACUCGCGUAAAAAGGAAUCAAAGCAAGUGAAAGGGCAAGUGUGCACAAGUUGCACCUUCGCAUCACCCGACCGGUCCGCCAGGCGAUGGUAAGCCAGAUCUUUCGGGUCGGGCAGCGUGUCAUGACCCGCUGGUUAUCGCACUGUUUCACUUUGACGUACGUACACGUACAAGUCGAGUGAAAUCUAAAGUAUUCGCAUCUGUAGUGAACAAGUGCAGACGACGACGUUGACUCGAACGAUCAAACGACUGCUACGCCGUUCUCGUUCACUGCUCCUAAAAGUCUCUAUUGUCUGGAGCGGAUGAAAACGGAUGGAGCCACCUCGAACUUUUGCUUGUCCGCUGUAUUCGUUAUGGAUACGUUUUGUGUCCGUCGGCAAGUGGGACCAGGCCUUUAAAGGCCUGGUCCCACUGCACUUACGGAUGCAAACCGGAAGUAAAGCGUGACAAAAUCUUGCCAUCCGUUGGAAACCGCUAUGCAUCCGUUGUGUACUCAUCGAGCAUCCAUCCACUGUGAUUUCAUCCGCGCACAAGGUUAUGAGCUGCACAAAACUUUUAGAACGGAUGAUCUUUCCGCCGCGUACGACGUAAAUCCGCAACAAUACGAGAACCGGCCAACCUUCCAUCUCCGUUAAACAUCUGCUGUUCCUUUCUACAUCUUCUGGGAAUCCUCGAAACUCAUAUUCACGGAAAGAGGGAGGAAAGAUAAGGUACAUGGAACGUCUAUAUAUCGUUAGUAGCGCGGAAAUGGAGAGGAUGUAUGCAUCUCGUAUAUAAAGUCUUCAAAACCCCCGGUAACACCUUCGGAGAAGCCAUCCACUUCCAUCUAGACCGGGGGCUUGGAGAGUUUAUUCAGCUGAUCGGGUACAUAAGGUUUGAUGGUCCCAUCAUGUUGGCAUGAUAUCAGUGGUCAAGAAAAUGUGUUGCUGCCGGGUCAUAUCCUGUAAGGAAAGCCCAGAGGACGCCAUUUUUGUCGGCUAUAUUGGAUUUUUCAUGAAAAUCAAAUAUUUUCAGAUU